AUGCUGUCUCUCUUUGCGCUGCCGUUCCUUGCUCUUUCCUCAGUGCACGCAAGUCACUCCUUCGCGAGGCAUCACUCCUUCGCGCGUCAUCACGCUCUGCAAGCUCGAGAUGCUGCCCCGACUGCUAAUGCGACCGUCGACAUGGUCGCCACUGCAUGGUAUACUGGCUGGCAUAGCGAAUACCUUCCUGUCGCGAACGUCAGCUGGGACAAGUACACCCACAUGACAUACGCCUUCGCUCUCACAGCUCCCAGCACGGGAGAGGUCUCCUUGACAGACUCCGAUCCCAAUGUACUGCCCGUCUUCGUCUCCACUGCCCACGAGAACGGUGUCAAAGCAUUGAUUUCUGUCGGUGGUUGGAGUGGAUCACGAUCCUUCUCCGACAAUGUAGCCACUGAAGAGAAUCGUACGGCGUUUGUUCAGACCAUCACCAACUUUGUUCAGAACUACAGCCUGGACGGUGUCGACUUUGAUUGGGAAUACCCCAACGCAGAUGGCAUCGGCUGUAACGCUCAGUCUCCAGACGAUGCGACGAACUUCCUCUCUUUCCUGCAGGCUCUCCGAGCCGACCCAGUCGGAUCGAAUCUCACCCUCACGGCCUCCACUUCCCUCACGCCUUGGAAGGGCCCCAACGGGACCGCUCUUACGGACGUCUCCGGGUUCGCGGACGUUCUCGACUGGAUCCACAUCAUGAACUACGACGUCUGGGGCACUUGGGACACCGCCGUCGGCCCCAACGCGCCGUUGAACGACACCUGCGCGUCACAGCAGGACCAGCAGGGAAGCGCGGUGAGCGCUGUUGCUGCGUGGACCGCGGCGGGAAUGCCGGCGCACCAGCUCGUGCUCGGCGUCGCCUCGUACGGGCACUCCUUCCAGGUUGAGGCGAGCAACGCGUUCGACUGCGACGGCCAGGCGCUCGCAGCCUACCCCGCGUUCACCUCCACGCAACCUGCGGGCGACAGCUGGGACGCUGCGAGCAACACCGACGUGUGUGGCGUGACGUCUGGUUACACAGGCGUGUUCCAGUUCCGCGGGCUCGUCGGCGAGGGCUGGCUAUACCCCAACGGCUCGGUCGUGGAAGGCAUCGACUACCGCUUCGACGAGUGCAGUCAGACUCCGUAUGUUUACAACGAGACGUCGUUGGUGAUGGUCUCGUUCGACGACGCGGCUUCGUUCGCCGCCAAGGGCGAUUAUAUCAAGUCUACGAACCUGCGCGGCUUCGCGAUGUGGGAGGCCGCGGGCGACUAUAACGACAUUCUGCUAGACUCGAUCCGCGAGGCGGCCGGGUUCGAUGGCGGCUGCUAG